UGGGAAGGGGGCUUCCUUUCUCUUUCGCGUUUCUUUCGUCGCCCCUCGGCCGCAUCCUUUCCUCUCGGGCUCGGAGCUCCGAAGCGUCGCGGGCGGCCGCAGCUCCUCCCUGCGGCUCUGGGGCCGAGGGCGGGAUCCCUCCCGUGGGUCGCGCCGUCCACUCCGCCCCGGGCGACCCAGUUGGCGAGGUCCCCGAGCGCAGGCUUUUGGGGUGGGGAGCGGAGGUGCCGGGAAGCGUGGUGACCGCAUGGCUCCGCUUGGAGACGCCCCGAGGCUGGUGCUGCUGUUCAGCGGGAAGAGGAAAUCCGGGAAGGACUUCGUGACCGAGGCGCUGCAGAGCAGACUUGGCGCUAACACCUGUGCUGUCCUCCGCCUCUCUGGUCCACUGAAGGAACAGUAUGCUCAGGAACACGGCCUGGACUUCCAUAGACUGUUGGACGCCAGCACCUACAAGGAGGCCUAUCGGAGGGACAUGAUCCGCUGGGGGGAGGAGAAGAGACAGGCUGACCCUGGUUUCUUCUGCAGAAAGAUUGUGGAAGGCGUGUCCCAGCCUGUCUGGCUGGUGAGUGACACACGAAGGGUGUCUGACAUCCAGUGGUUCCAGGAAGCCUAUGGGGCCUUGACACAGACCGUCCGAGUGGCGGCCUCCGAGCAGAGCCGCCAGCAGCGGGGCUGGGUGUUCACUGCAGGGGUGGACGACGCCGAGUCCGAAUGCGGUCUGGACAACUUUGGGAGCUUUGACUGGGUCAUCGAGAACCACGGAGACGAGCAGUGCCUGGAGGACCAGCUACAGAACCUGCUGGAAUUCAUCCACACCAGACUCUAAUGGCCGGGCUCUAGAGGGGGAUCAGAGCCUGCUGGACUGGGGCUAAUGCUGGCUCUGCCAGAUGUGGGGUUUCCAGUCCUGGCCAAGGGACUGCUGGAACUGGGGUGCUGACAGAUGUUGGACAAGUCAGGAAACCUCUGGGCACCCGGGCACUCAUCUUCUCUGGAGAGGGUGCUCCGCCUCUUCAGGACACUUAGAGGGCAAAUGAGGGUGAAUUAACUGUGCUUUGGCUGGGACAUACCCUUGUGGAUCAGGUCUGCUGGCCUGUGGUGGCCUCACUCCCCUGGGUGGAUGCUGGGAUUACUGGUAUAAGCCCCCAUGCCUGGCUACUUCCUCACUUAAAAAAAUAUAUGUGUAUAAAUAUA